AUGGCGCAAUAAGUUUCCGGACCGUUUCUAUAUAUAUGUAAACAACAUGGUGUCUCAAAACAAACACUUUAGGAUGCCAAUGUGAUAUAUCGAAGAAAAUAUGACAGGCGAUAUUCAACAAAUCGAAAAAGAGUCAUUUUGGAAAGAACAUCAAGAUUCGUUGCUGAAGAUUAGACAUGAUCUGCUUUCUGGCAGAAAGAGAAGACCAAGUCCAGUGGUAGGAGUGAGAAGAAAAACACCCAAUGGUUUCCCGGGACAGAGAGCAACCUCACAUCCUCUUUUUGGGAAGUACAGAAGGACUCCAUCACCAUAUUUACCCAAGCUUACACCAGAACCAGAUAUCAAAUUGUCAGCUAAAGAUGUAACAUAUCCCAAGAAAUAUGAAGUUGUUCCUCCACUUAAGCCAAAUAGGGAGGCCCCUCAUGAAACUUUAUCACCAAAAAAAACUAAAAAGACUUUAAAUCAUUCUGUUCCUUUAUUAAAACCAAAAAAGGUCUUGAAAGAAAAAGUUCCACCAUUGAAACCAAAGUUGGCCUUUGAACCCAGGUCAACAGAUGACUAUGACAGCUGGGGGGAUGACAGCAAUGACUCUGAAGAUGACGUUGAUGUGGAGAGCGUUGAGGAGGAAGAUGUCAGGAAGCACACGAAAAGAAAAAAGAAGCCUCCAUUGAACUCAGCUAGGAAAGUUAAGCCGCAGCCCUAUCCCAACCUUUCCCAUCCCUACCCAAACCUAUCCCAGCCUUACUUUCCUCCUCAGAUAGUCUAUGGUGCACCAUUUCCUGUCUAUUAUCCACCUCCACCUAAAGAUGCCAGAAAAGUGAAACGGUUACGAGACAAUAGAUCUGAAAAGAAACAGAGAUUUCAUGAACCUCCACAAAAAAAUUCUAGAGCUCAUAAAAGAAGCAAAUCUCAGGUUCCUGUAUAUGCAGCUUCAUAUCCCAUGAUGCCUGCUGUCCCAUUGGUGUAUCCCCAGGUCCCCACUGAGGACGAUGAAGAAGAAGAAACAGAAGUGGAUGAAAUGGUACAGGAGGCAUUAAAUCACUGGAAGAAACACCCACUGUUUGCUAGUGACUAUUGUGAAUGGUUCAUCCAGGAUUGUUUGAAUACAGAGAUUUUACCUGACCUACUUAUUGAUACACUGAAUGAGAUAAAACACAUGCCCUACCAUCACCCUCUUUAUGUCCCAUCAUUGUACACUUGUGAGGACCUGCUGGCUGACCAGGUGUCUGAGAUGGCCACUGAAAUAGCCAGGGAGGCAGUCUCAGAGUUAGCCAAUGAUUAUCUGGAUGAAAAGCUGCUACAGAGAGAUCCAUUGGAGGACUUCCUGUCAGAUCUUGUUGAGGAUGUUGUCAGGCAAGGCACCAGAGAAGUUGUUCGGUCGACUAUUAUGGACAUGGCUGAGGACCACUUGCAGACUGAAUAUGCUUCUACCAUUAUUACCAGUCUUGUGUCUGACUAUCUCAGAGAUAUAGCUCCUGACUUACUUGAGGAAGUGACAUUUGAUAUUAUAGCAGAAGAUUUCAUCAAUUCACAAGUCAUUGCCCCUGAAGUUACAGAGGAAGCUAUUGUGGUUGCCAGAGAAACCAUUCAGUAUUAUGAUGAUAAAGUUCUAAGAAGGCAAUUUAAAGAGGUAAAUCUUUUAGCCAAUGACAAACUGGCAGAUGCUGUCAUCUUAGAUUAUCUAGUGACAUUGAUGUUUCAACAUGGCAAACUAUGGGCUGAAACUGAUCAUCAAAAUAAAUUCUUAGAUGAUAUGAUCUUCAACACUGGGCUAGCACAGAUAUUCAGCAUUCAGAAGAACAGAGAGAAAACUGUCAAAAGUAAACCUUUGCAAAAACUUCAUGAGAAAGUUGUGUCUGAUGUGGCACUGGAUGUAUUCCUGCAACAUCUGACCAGAACACUAGAUGAAGAUUUGGCCGAUGUUGAUGAGUAUGAAAGGGGAGUAACUGAUGAGUCUAGUCACCCAUUCCCUUUGGUAGUCAGGUGAUUAAAGCAAGACAAGACAGCAUUACCAGGUGUACAGAGUAUCUUUUACAUACAUUCAUAAUACAUGUACAAAUGUAUAUUUCUAUACUUAUUUUUUUGCUUCUGUUGGUUUCCAAUUGAUGUCAUAAAUAUAUAAACUAUGCAACAGAUAUGAGUAUUAGAUAAUUUUGUGUGGUUUAUCUGUUCAGCUUGUUUGUUAAACCUAAAAGAAUAUUUCUCUUAAACCACAAGAAAGCAUUACAAGUAUAUUGCUAUGAUCCAUAAUCUAAAAUUGUGCUGAUUUCAUCAGGCGAUACAUUAAAAUUGCUUGUUUAUAGUAUUCAAGCAACCACAAAUGAUAUGAAUCUUCAAGAGGCUGCAAGUUGGCAAGUGUUAUACCAUGACUUCAACUUAUUGAGUAGCAUAUUUUGUUUUUAACAAAAAGUAAUUGGAACAUAAAUAAUUCUAUAGUUUUACCAAUCAAAGAUCUACUUCCUUGAAAGUAUCAUUUAUCUGGAGAAAGUAUCUAUUUGUGGACUACACCUAUGUGUAGAUUUAAUGCAAAUCAGUCAUUGCUAAUGAAUUUUGGAUCAAGACUAUUUUUUUAAGCAAAAUUAAGGUUAAGUUUUGUUUGCUUGCAGUACAGCUUAGUUCAAUUAAAAAGUUUGUUUUGUGUGAGGCUUAGUGUUAAUAAUAGAUCACCUAUUAAAGUCAUGUCAAGACAGUUUGAUGUCUUAAAUGUCUAUUGUUUUAAUCUUUGGAAACAUUCAGUUAUUAGCAAAGAAAGUUCGACAUAAUAUAAUUCUGUAUACACAGUGGCUGAGCGGUAAAGAGCUUGGCUUCCGAACCGGUGGUCUCAGGUUUGAAUCCUUGUGAAGACUGCAAUUUUUAAUUUUGGGAUCUUUGGGCGCCUCUGAGUUCACCUAACUCUAAUAGGUACCUGACAUUAAUUGGGGAAAAGUAAAGGCGGUUGGUCGUUGUGCUGGCCACAUGACACUCUCGUGGGCCAUAGAAACAAAUGACCUUUACAUCAUCUGCCCUAUAGACCACAUGGUCUGAGAGGGGGAACUUUACUUUUAAUUCUGUAUACUGUCGAUGAAAUUUAGGAGGCAAACUUAGAGAAACCACAAUAAGCAUGUAAUGAAUAUGUGAUUAUGUAUCAUAAAGACAAGGAAAUUGCUGUUUUAAGAAAAGAGGGUGACCUGUAAUGAAUAUGUAAUGAUAAUGUAAUUAUUUAUUAUAAUGUGAUUGUUCAUUUUGCUGUGACUUCUAUUUUGUAAAGUUUUUUUGACAAUCUAAUUAAUGAUGCUUGGUUACAGUCUCAUUGUUGCCAAUGUCACUUAAACCACAUUCCUAGAGACAGAUUUAAGCCAGUAUGUGCCAAAUAUAUAUAUUUUUAAACCUACUUUAUACAUCUAAUAGCAUUUUGAUGAUAAUAUUUUAUCAAGAGAUCCACUAUCCAAAACUAAAAUUGUCAUUGUAUUGUUGUUUUGAUAAUUUGUUUUACUAUUGCUAGGUUUAAACUAUAGGUUCAUUGUUGUUAAACACUAUGCAUCUAUUGAUUAGGAAUUUGUUUUGUAAAGAAAAAAAAAAGCAAUAAUUAAGAAAUGAAAAAAGAAAGAAAGAAUAUCACACAAAUAUAAGAUAUGAACUAUGUACAUGACACCUUUAUUAGAUUCAUAAACCACAAACAGUGUAAUCAGAAACAUUUAUUGCAAUAACUUUUGUGAAAAUAAUACAUUUAUACAAAAUGACAAAGUAAGUUGUAAUUGAAAUGAUAGAGAUGUGUUAUAACAACAAAUGAACUUUGAACAGGAUUAUUAUUUACAUAUGAAAUUAUUGCAUUAGUCUUAUACAUUCAUUUCAUGUAAAAAUCAACCCAUGAACAAAUAUUAUUUCAUUAUUAUAUUUUUAAAAAGGAAAUAAAACUUUAUCAUUAAAAAAAAAUAAAUUAAAAAAAU